UCCCAUAAUAUUCGAUCCAUUUUCUCAUCAUGAGUCAUGACAACAUCCUUUUACUUCUCCAAGACAUACUUUAUAUAUACACCUUCCAAAUAUCUAUGAAUAUACCCCUUAGCCACCAUUUCUUCCUUCUCCAACCUAUUCAACCCAUCCUCAUUUCAUAAAAUAAAAUCUUUUCGAAUUAAGGUUUUAGCGUUUGUUAAAUUUCAUUGCUGAUUCAUUUUUAACCCAAUCAUUUGACUUAUUUUUUCGACUAAAUUUUGAGAUAAUUAUAUUUUUCAACUAAAUAUAUAUAUUUUUUGGAUCCGCCACCGGUUACAGUUCCCUAUAUUUGAAUAAUAUGGAUUUUGAUGAAUUUGAAGAGUCAGAGAUGAUAUUCUCGGACUACUCAUCAGAUCAAAUCAUAGAAAAUAAGGAUAUGAGCAAGCUGAUCAAAUCAAAGAAAAUAAAAAGUGUGAGCAAGAAACAAAGGGUAAGAUCAUUAUCUGUACCAAUCAACAUUCCUGAUCAAAUCAUCAGCACAUUUGAAUAUGAUGUUGAUGUGGUGAGUUUUGAGCCGUUUGAUGAGAUUAUGAAAAUGCCUCCACAUUUGAUUGUUGAGAAAAGAGGUAAUCAAGAAAUGGCAAGGUCUUUUAGUCCUAUCAAGGGCAAGAUUUUGUGUGAGGUUAGGAACUCUAUUCUUAGGAUGACUGGUUUUCUUGAGACAUAAUAAUGAUAAUUGUUUUAUUUACUUUUUUUUUAUGAGUUAAAAAAAGUUUUGAAUAGAAAAAAAAUAUUGGAAAGAGCUAUAGGUUUAAUGUAUUGAUAAUUUGAAUUUUUAUAUAAAAAUUUAGUAUAAUUUAUUUUAUAUUAUUUUUAAUUUUUUAUUAGCUUAGAGGAAAUUAUCAACUUAUGGUUGGAUCGAUAUAAAUGUAAAUAUAACAAGUGCAACCUAUAUUCUUUUUCAGUGGAUUU